CGCGGCCACCGCGGCUGCGGCAGUGCGCCCAACAGCGAACUCCCGAGAAAUCGCUGGACCUUGGCGAACCGCGCUUGCUCUCGACCACUCACCGACCACUCUCGGAACCAUGGCGGCAGUGGCGGCAGCCUCAGCUGAGCUGCUCAUCAUUGGCUGGUACAUUUUCCGCGUGCUGCUGCAGGUGUUCCUGGAAUGCUGCAUUUACUGGGUAGGAUUCGCUUUUCGAAAUCCUCCAGGGACACAGCCCAUUGCGAGAAGUGAGGUGUUCAGGUACUCCCUGCAGAAGCUGGCAUACACGGUGUCGAGGACCGGGCGGCAGGUGCUGGGAGAGCGCCGGCAGCGAGCCCCCAACUGAGGCCCCAGCCCCCAGCCCUGGGCGGCCUUGUCACCAGGUGCUCCUGUGCUUCUCGGCCAGCAUGGGAGCCAGUGCCGCGCAGGAAUGGGGGGUCCCCUGUGCUCUCUCGCCAGAGGAGCAUUUGCCAAGGUCAGUGAGGGGCCAGUAGGCUCCUGGAGAAGCAGCACCGACAAUGACGACAAUACCAGAUCCCUUCCAAGCCCCUUUGCACCCCUCUGACUGCUGGGUGGGGUAGAGGGAGGAGGGGGGGUGGGGGGGGAGCUUACCCCCAAGAUCUGGGCACAGGCAAUGCAUUCUGAUCUGGACCAAGUCGGGACAGCGCCAUCCCAGCCCUGCAGCCAUAGCCGUGCUAACAGGCCCACCACAGAGAUCCAGACAACCACACCAGCCAGCAGAAUGGACAUUCCAGCAUCACCAGCCGAAGCCCUGAAUCUUGAUGCAGCAGACAAGGCACCAGCUGCGUGCCUGUGUGGCGGGACUUGAGGGCAAGAGUGAGGGAGGAGGAUUAAGAAAUGGAGGGGGGCCCUCUCAAUGUCCCUUGCCUACAACACGUGCGUUCCAGUCUUGCUGCCUUUGCUCCCUCAAUUCCCUUCCCCCACUCACUGCCUCCUAAGCCCACCCCAAAAGAAAUGUGUCACUCAAUUUGGACCUAUUCAACCAGUAAAUGAAUCCCAUCUUUACUAAAACACCUUCUCUGAGCCCCCAGCCCCUCACUGAUCUUGCUUUCCCUGGUCUCACGCAGUUGUGGUCAAUAUUGUGGUAAUCGCUAACUGUACUGAUUGUAUAAGUGUGCAUUAGUUGUGUCUCCCCAGCUAGAUUGUAAGCUCCUGGAGGACAGGGACCACCUCUACAAAAAAAUAAAAAACCAGUACCUCCCCCAUCUCGCACAGUGUCCCAGGACCCUGCGGGGUGGUGGAGGUGCACCAAAAA